UGGUUUUAAUUUGAAGGUUUUGAAUUUAGGUUAGAUUUUUAAAUGCCAACGUUUCUGAAAAUUUAAAGAGUUUGAAAGAGCUGGAUUUAAUAUUUCAGCAUACUGCAUAUUUAAAAGUUGUUGGUGUGUUUCAAUUAAAAUGGUUUUGUGUGAUAAUAUUGAGAAUGAAGGGAAGUCGAAAAGUAGUCCACGAUAUGUUAUUAUAAAUGAUGAAAUAUAUAUAGAAUUCCCUGAAGGAGGGAACGUGGAAGACAAAAGACUUGUAGCACAACAUCUACUUCCUGUUCCUGAGAAAAAUAAUGUGAAUAUUGAUGUAGUGAUCAAUGACUCUGCUUGUAAAAAUAAUACUAUCAACCAGCCAGAAACUUCCUCCCGUUUUCCAAGCCAAAAUAAGGAUUCAGACGUACAUUUUCCUUUUGAAAGUCAACCUGAAAAGUUUAUUUCCGAUCGUUUGUUGAGUCUGCAAUGUGAGGAAGAUGCAGUAGUUAUUAGUGAUGAUGAUUAUCAUGAAAUGGAAAGUGACAAAUCGGAUGGUCAGAAGGAUGCUAAAAUUGCUUCUAAUCAUUCUCAUUUAGAGGAAACACCACAAGCUUCUGUUAUGUGCAGUUAUGUGCAAAAAGAUAUCAAUAAAACUGGGACUGAAAGUAAGAAGGAUUUUUCCAAUCAAGGAAAAAUUUCAAAUAAGAAGAAAAAUAGUACAGAAAUUUGCACCAUAACACAAAGAUUGUUAUAUGCUCAGGAUAGAGGGAUAAAACUGAGAAUAAGCGAUCACUUUCCUAUUAAUAGAUUCAAUCCAAAAAAUUUAUUACCUGCUACAAAUACUAAUGGCUAUGAAAAAGAUAAUUAUAUGGAAUCGAACACCUCUGGGAAAAACGCAAAUAGUGGAUGCCCUUAUUGUAAUCACAAAUCAGAAAAACGAAUUAAAAGACAUUUGUUAAGACAUAUGAAAGUGUGUUAUUGCCAAGCAUGUAAUGAUGUUAUGUCUACCACAACAGGAUAUUCAUUGUCACAUAUUCGAAGUAACCAUAGAGCUUAUUUGAAAUGUGCAAAAUGCUUAUAUCCGGUUGAUAAUGAAAAGGUCCUAAGAUGUCAUGUUAUGUCUACACAUAAAGAAGCACUUCUAAGGCAAUGUAGCAUUUGUGGGUAUUGGUUGAAAAAAGCCUCAACAGAGGAUUUACAGCUUCAGGUUCUUGUGGACCAUGUUAGGAAAAAACAUUCUGGAGAGAAACCACAUUGUCUACCAUGGAAUUUUGUUACUCAACUUAAUGAUCGUAAGGCAUAUGAAGAUAUAUUUCAUUGUCCUGAUUGUCCACAUAUGAUAGUGACUAGUCUGACAGAUCUGUUAUAUCAUCUCCCCCAACAUACUUCGGAAAUUCUAAAAAAAUGCAAUUUCUGUAAAUUUACACAUCAUAGUGAAAUUUGGAUGAAGUUACAUAUGAAGACACAUUCCCACAUUAUGUAUAAAUGCCCUUAUUGUAAAUACAAGAAUUCUAAACACUUCACAUUAAAGUAUCAUAUAAGGAAUCGUCAUAGGAAGAGAUUAUUAAGAAAUAAAUCAAAAAAUCUCCUCACCUCAAACUGAUUUUGCUAAAAUAGAAAAUAUAUAUAGAAAAUCGAAUGAAUAAGUGUUCUAAUUUUUUGGAAAAAAUCUCACGUGGUGGAAAAUGUCCACCGUACAUAUCAUAUGAAAUUUAAUUAAUGUUCUUGAAAAAAAAAAUUUUGUUGCAUUUUAUUCAAAGCGUCCAAUAGUUUUUUUACAAGGUUUAUUGGCCAAAUUUAUUGAAAAUCACUUCAUGAAAUUUUUCUAUCCUGCUUUUAUGUCGGUACCGAAAUACUUCUCAGAAGUUCUGUGAUUUAUGAGAUUCAAUGAUGUUUUACUUUGAAGAGGUAAAAUAUGGUGGUGCAUUGAAAAACUGUGUUCAACGUAAUUAUUUCCUUACUGUGUUUUCAUAGUUAGGAAUUUUUGUAAUAAAGUAUUUUUUCCGUAUAAA